AUAGGCGCGUCAACCCGAAUCGAGCUCCGCCAAGAGACGUCCAGGCCUUUCUCAGCCAAAAACUUUUCAGCCAGCAAUCUAACACAGCAGGCUGCAUUUCUGCUGAGCUCAUCAUUGCGUUUGCCGACAAGUUUCUCUGAGCGUAUGUCAACAAAUUUGACAUUGUCGAAACAAAGACCCAGCCAGUACCGCUUUCUUCGGAGUUUCCGAAGGUAUGCCUCGGAGACAAGACACCCAUUGACUCUGUGCGGCUUGAAUCACCAGAAGUCGAAUUAA